CCCCUCCUUUCCGCCUGGAGCUCCGCCACAAUUGUCACGCAGCCGAAUCGCCUCCCCUGCCACCCCCAUUAUCCCAUUAAUUGUCGGUAUUCGAAUCCUAUCGCCACCUUGUCCUGGUCAAUACCAGACAGCAUCAUACCACUCAUCGCAAUUGGCUGCCUAUGAACCAUAUCUCCCUCCAAAUCUCGUGUCGGAUCGGUAGUCAUGGAAGGAAACGGCAAGAAGACGGACGGCACGGAUAACGCCCAUAUUAGACCCGUAUCUUCCCUCCUUUCGCAUUUCGAGAACCUGUCGCAUCGCCGAGCUCCGUCCGCCGCAACGAAUGGCACACGCGACACCCCUUCCUUCCCGAGAUCCCUCGAACCGGGCGACGACGUCCGCUCUUCGUCGCGAGUUUCCCUCGAUCUGUCUCGCUCACAAUCUCCAUGGGAUUCGACGCCAGAGUUGAACAAAGGCCAUGGGUCUCUGCAUAGCAACGGAAUCCCACCGCGACCUGGCCGCACCCCCGGAGUCUCCCCCGGACGGCGCCAGGAUAGGCCCAUGUCUCUCAGCUUGCGUUCGUCGCCACAGCUCCCACCUACCCUGACCGUUGACUCCCCGCGGUCUCCUCCCCGGGGAUUCGGAUCGCUGGGUGACCAUGAGGAGCAUGCACGAUCUUCCCGCAGUCCUCCCAACGCGUCCAGAGAAUCGCUGCCUACAAUUCCGCAGGGUAACCGUCCGACGACCCCCGUUACAUCGUCGCGCGUCCCUACAGAUCUGAAGCCAGGGCGUCUUUCUCCAGGACCGGCAGACUCAGUGAUCAGUGGUCGCGAAAGCUCGCAGGACCGCCAAGGCAAGAGCGAAUCUCUCCCCCCACCGGCCAACCGGGCGGAGAAGCCCAAGAUUCCCGUCAAGCCGGCCGCCCUGUCCCAUCACGAUGGAGGCUCUCUCGCAGCUCCGCAGCCUGACCGUGCGCCCGCGGAUGAUCGCAUAUCGCCCUUCAGCACUCCCCCAAGCAGCCCCGAGAAAGAUUCCCCGAAGCAUAAUCCGCCCACUUUGAGAGGCGCGCAGUUUCCGCGCUCCCCCUCUCGCCGAUCACCCUCCCAACCUCCAGCAGAACUUCCCCGGUAUCGCGUCGAAGAAAGAACCGCCACACCCCAGCUCCCUCUGUUCCGCGAGCCUUCCCUUACACAGCGACACUCGGUUCCAGAGCCUCCGCGCGAGACCAGACCAUUGUCAGUACAGAUUCCUCCAAGACCGUCACUUCCAGCAGAACCUCUAUCGGCUGCGCCACUCUCUGCGCACCGGAUACCAAUGCACGACAGUUUCUCCGAACGUCCGGGUCUACCUCCACGACAGCCGUCGAUUGUGCGGAGAGGCGGUCCGUCACCCUCGCGAUUAUCCUACCAACGCGAAUCUUCCGCGCACUCAAUCCCGCCGCCGACCCCUCUACGGGAAUCGCGGUACUUGGACAGCCCGGCAUUCUCGAUGCCGCCUCCGACGCCCAACCGGGAAUCGCGGCAACUACGCCCGGACGAACUUCCGACUCCGACAACGGUGCAGCGGCAUCCAUCGAUUGCUCGAGAGAGCCGGCCGGUGCCGCCACCGGCUGUUCCGGAACGACCGGUGGUGGAGCGCCCGGUGGUGGAUCGGCCGGUGGUCGAACGGCAAGCAGUGCGUGUCCAGAGCGAGGAUGAACAACAGAAUUUGGAUAGUGUCCCCGUCGCGCGUAAUGACUACCCAGAUGCUUCAACUGCGAACAGGCGACCGCCACUUCUCAAGUCGGGCCCGUUCGAAAUCAACACACGGUAUGAUACGAGACUGAUGGAUGUGUGCGGAAAGCACGUAUGCACUACCGGGUAUAUCACGCGAGUCUGGGAUCUCACUACGGGAGAGCAACUCAUGAGUCUCAGUCAUGGGGAAACAGUCAAGAGUCUGUCACUGGCCUUCAAGCCCGGCGUGGGAUUAGAGGAUGAAGGUCAGCGCGUAUGGCUGGGUACGAACUCGGGGGAACUACAUGAGGUGGAUAUCGCGUCCGGCUCCAUUGUCGCGUCGCGGUCGUAUCCUUCGAGAAAGGAGGUCAUCAAGAUUCUCCGUCACAAGAAAGAAAUGUGGACCCUUGACGAUGAGGGUCGAUUGUUGGUCUGGCCACCAGAUGAGAACGGCACGCCCAACCUUCAGUACAGCUACCACAACCCGUAUGAUCGUGUUGCCCGCGGACAUACCUUCUCCAUGGUCGUGGGCGAUAAACUCUGGCUGGCCGCGGGUAAAGAAGUUCAUGUGUACCGGCCCAACGCGCGUGACGAUGUUUCCUUCAAAGUUCUUAGUAAACCGCUGGGCGCGCAUCAUACCGGCGAUGUCACUUCCGGCGCGUAUACCACUCGGGACGGCGGCCUCGUCUACCUCGGCCAUGCAGAUGGUAAAGUGACGGUUUACUCUGCUAAAGACUACGCGUGUCUGGCAGUAGUCAACGUCAGUGUCUACAAGAUCAACUGCUUGGGAAUUGUCGGCGACUACUUGUGGGCAGCGUACAAAACCGGCAUGAUCUACGUUUACGAUACGACCACGAACCCCUGGACGGUCAAGAAAGAUUGGCGUGCUCACGACAGCCCGGUGAGCGGGUUCUUGUUGGAUUCUAGUAGUGUGUGGACGAUGAAUCGACUCCAGGUGACUUCUUUGGGUGACGAUAAUUGCAUUCGUCUUUGGGACGGUAUGCUCGAGGAUGAUUGGCUAGAAACUCGGAUGCAAACCAGGGACGUCGAGUUUUGCAACUUCCGCGAGAUUCAUGCUGCAGUGAUAACCUGGAAUGCGGGUGCUUCGACACCCGGUAGUGUGCGGACGUCUUCGUUCAUUCAAGAUGCCAUCCACCCCGAAAACCCGCCGGAGAUUAUCGUCUUUGGUUUCCAAGAGUUGGUGGACCUGGAGAAUAAGAAGAUCACAGCCAAGAGCCUUCUCUUGGGAAGCAAAAAGAAGGACAGUGGGGACAAGGAACAUAUGAGUCGCCAGUAUCGAGUGUGGAUGGAACACCUGACUCGCUGCAUCAACGAUUGCAUGCCGCUUGAGGAAUCGUAUGUGCUCUUGCAUAGCGCGAAUAUGAUCGGACUCUUCACGUGUGUUUUCGUCAAACACAAAGAGCGGCAGAGAAUCACGGACAUCAGUGCAUCUGAGAUCAAGCGCGGUAUGGGCGGAUUGCAUGGAAAUAAGGGUGCUCUUCUGUUCCGCUUCACACUGGACGACAGCUCUAUCUGCUUGGUCAACUGUCAUCUGGCAGCUGGACAGACGCAGACUGCUCACCGCAACAACGACAUUGCAGCGAUCCUUGAAGCGGAGUCGCUUCCCGCCGAGGGUAGCCUCUCCGCACGGGCAAAUCACUACGUGAGUGGCGGCGACGGAUCGAUGAUCAUGGAUCACGAGAUCUGCAUUUUGAACGGUGAUCUGAACUACCGGAUUGAUGCCAUCCCACGUAAUGUGAUCAUCGACGCGAUCCGCAGCAACAAUCUCACGAAGCUCCUCGAACGCGACCAGCUGCUCGCCUCGCGGCGCAAGAACCCGGGCUUCCGGCUCCGGUCCUUCAACGAAUCUCCGAUUACCUUCGCCCCGACGUACAAGUACGAUGUCGGAACAGACGAGUACGACUCGAGCGACAAGAAGCGUGCCCCCGCCUGGUGUGACCGGGUUCUGUAUCGCGGCCUCGGCCGGGUUCGACAGCUCGAGUACCGGCGUCACGAGGUCCGGGCCUCCGACCAUCGUCCCGUCAGCGCCGCCUUCAAACUCCGCGUCAAGACCGUAAUGCCCACCGAGCGUGAAGCUGUCUGGGAAGCGUGUCAGCAGGAAUUUCAACGGGAGAAGCGUCGACUUGCUUCCGAGGCGAGUAUCGAAUACCUCAUCACCGUCCUAGGCACCGAUCCCCAACAAGCACGGACAUUGAUCAUGGGUAACGGAAAUUGAAACCCCGCCUUCUUCUUUGUUUUCUCAGUAGACUUUUGCAAGGGGAGGAUCGUUGGAAGAGUGGGGAUUGUUGUCUGCGUCGUCGAGGCACCCGACGCCGCACCCAGCAUCAACCACUACAACAACGCAUCGCGCUACGUCGCCGAAGUGUGUAUACGACUAAUGAUUCACGAUAGACAUGUAUUUAUCAUGAUUGGAGGAGCGAGGGGGAUUUCUUUAGAUGAAGCUUGGUCUGGAUGGGAAGAGCAGAUACGAUACCUAAUUAAUAUGUGGUGUGUCAAGGGAGCAUGAUUGUAGUGGUAAUUGGUUUUUUUUUUUUUCUGGGGAAUGAUGGUGGGUGAUUAGUGUGGUAUGGUAAGAGAGCA